GUUUGGACUUCAUCAAACACAUCGAAUUUCGUCUCGGUCGCCUCUCUCUUGUUGAUCGAAAUUGGAUUGAAGAAACCAGCUGGUUUCACAUAGUGGACACCCUCCCAGGUGGUCGGGUCCCAAUAUGUCUUCUAGGAACAGCGCAGAGUACGAAGGUGAUUCCUUUGACGAUGCGCCCGAAGCCCCGAACACCCACGGCAGUCUGAACGUUUCCAUUCCCCAAAGCUCUUCCACACGGUCUUUGACAGACAGCCCCCCGAGCGGAUCGAAUGUUGCCACGCCUCAAUUGACGGAAGCUCCCCCGCUACCGGCGACUUCUCACGAAGAGCACGAAUCGGCCGAGGAGACAGAUGAUGCUAGCGUGGAGAAACAAUCAGAAGCGGAGGAUACCCCUCGCAAACAGAAACUCCAGAAAUCUCCACUCUUGACUGCGCACAGGCUAUCAACAACGUCUCUCGACGACGUGAACCUUGCCAGUAGCAACAAGGACGAUGAAUCGACUGAAAACCAGCCGUUGAGCCAGGAGCUCAACUCCGGUACCCCUCCUCCUUUAUCCUCUAGAGAUUCCACGUCGUCCCACAGUUCGCGCCUCCAAGGAUCAUCCAACGCUUCUACCGCAAAGAACCAAGCCCCUGUUGCACCGCCCCCUCCGCCAACUCGAUCGUUUACCAGCCCGUUUGCAUGGCUGUCUCGAAGCUCGUCGGGCGGAAAGGACGCCAAGUCGCCUCCGGCACAACCACGUCGGAAUACGGCCGCAUCCAUAUCAACUAUUGCCAGCAAUCCGGAAAUGGGUCGUCACCACGAUGGGGAGGAUGUUGAUGGUCUAGGCCAUAGAAAGCCGAGGCGCAGCAGCCUCAAGGACCAGUUCAAACAGCUCAGGUUGCGAGAGGAAGGACUCGUGUCGGAGAAUGACGAGGCUAGCGUUGCGUCGGGACGUGCAAGUUUCACGGCCGGAAGUCCUCCGCCCAGCAUACCGGAAGAAGGGGAGAAUGGCAUUGCGGCCGCCCCCCGGGCGACGUCGCCGCCUAAUGGAGCGUCAACCGUCAACCCCAAACUUGCCCCGGGUACUGUUGCGGGUAUUUCAACCUCUGCAACUGACGCGUCUGCGCCGGUAGACUGGGAGCUCUGGCAGCAACUAGUCAACAAUGGUGCGCAAGCGUUGAAAGGGGCAAACUCGGAUGAACUGAAUGCCGCUAUCAAACGAGGCAUUCCCCAAACUAUUCGAGGAGUGAUCUGGCAGGUUCUGGCCGACAGCAGAAACCCCGAGCUUGAGGAAGUAUACCGGGAGCUCAUUGCCCGUGGCACGGACAAGGAGAAGCAGGUCAGCCCCAAUGGUACCAUUAACGGAGAGAAGGACUCAACAGCCUCUUCAUCUCGCUCAUCUGUUCGAUCGGAGCGUUCUGCGUCGGUGGCCCACUCGGUUAACGGUUCGAGUCCUUCCCAGGAGUUGGAUCCCGAGAAGCUGUCCAAAGAGCAGGCCGCGAACGAAACGGCUCGGAAGAAGAAGGCCAAAGAGGAAUCGGCCGCGCUUUUGAAGCUAGAAAAGACGAUUCGUCGUGACCUCGGUGCUCGCACAAGCUAUUCACGCUACUUCGUGUCACAAGGAAACCAAGAGGGGUUGUUUGGGCUCUGUAAGGCAUACGCUUUGUAUGAUGAGGCCGUGGGAUAUGCUCAGGGGAUGAACUUUAUUGUGAUGCCAUUGCUAUUCAAUAUGGACGAGGCUGAAGCAUUUACGCUCCUCGUGAAGCUUAUGAAUCAGUACGGACUGCGGGAGCUGUUCAUCCACGACAUGCCAGGUCUCCAUCGCAGCUUAUAUCUGUUCGAACGCCUGCUGGAGGACGUGGAGCCGGCUCUCUAUUGUCACCUCCGGCGGCGGGGCGUACCCCCUCAGUUGUAUGCCACUCAGUGGUUCUUGACGCUUUUCGCCUACCGAUUCCCUCUUCAGCUGGUUCUUCGCGUCUAUGAUCUCAUCUUCGAAGAAGGCCUUGAGAAUACCAUCUUGAAGUUUGCCCUGGCGAUCAUGCGCAGAAAUGCAGACACGCUGUUGGGCAUGAGGGACAUGGCACCGUUAACAACCUUUUUGAAGGAGCGCCUCUUUGACGUUUACAUUGAUAAGCAGCCCUCGGCGUCAUCUCUCUUGGAGUCUGGUUUCUUCGGAAGCUCUGGGGCCGCGGACAAGGAAGUCUACCGCGCCGACAUCAUGGUCCAGGACGCUUGCGCCAUCCCUCUGGAGCCUGAGACGAUCCGCGCGUACACGGCGGAAUGGGAGGAGAUGGUACGGACCGAGAAGGAGCGUGAGCAGGAGCUAGACAACCUUCGGCACACCGUUGCAACUCAGAGUGCUCGUAUCCGACUACUAGAGGAGCAGGCCGAAGCAUCAGACAAGGAGCACGUACAGCUUGCAUCCGAGCUGGUGCACCUGAAGGUGGAAAACGAAGAACUAACGGACAUGAACGAUGCCAUGAAGAUGCAGGUGACCGAGUUGAAGAACGUGGUGGAUAAACAACCGGCCGAAGUCGAGGAGAAGCUGCGGACUGAGAUGGACCGCAUCAUGAAGCGCAACAUGGAAGUCCAGAACGAGAAUCGGUCAAUGGUUGAACAGAUGGUCGAGAUGGAGAAGGAGCUGGUCGAGGCUAAGAUGAAAUGGGCUGAGAUUCAUGAUGAACACGAGAACCUGAAACAGAAAUGGAGCGAUCUUCGCAAGGCUCUCAACUGAGCAGCGGGAUGUAGAUAUAUUCUAACCUGAGUUUAGCGGGUGUUGCCU